AUGCUUUCUCGAACAGUAACUCUUUACGAUCUGGAUCAGCCCCUGUUCAAGAACGAGAACGGAAGUUUGUGCGAGUUCGAGGAAUUCUUAAAAUGUUCACAUUCCCAUUCACGGUAUGUCACAUGUACCAUUACCAUUAUUUCGAUUCCCGUCAGUUUCUCUCCGUCUACAUCUCUUUCAUACUAUUUCCGUGCUUUCCAAUCAAACAAUCUCGUCCCCGUGUGUCAGUUCCCAUUCUUGUCACCACCAGCCGAUAGUUACUAUUUGCCCAAAAACUCGGUGUAUCAGUCAAUAAAAAUCUUGGGGAUGAACUCGCUUUAUCUCCUCUUCCUAGUACUACUCGGCGUAGACGCUGGAAAAGUUCUGGUAUACAGUCCAUCAAUCAGUAGAAGUCAUUUAAUUUCGAAUGGACGGAUUGCUGAUGCACUCGUCGACGCAGGUCACGAUGUAGUCAUGUUCAUUCCCGAAUAUGAACAGUUGACAGAGUUCACGGGGACCAAGAAGGCUACAGUUAUCACAAUGAGAGGAUUCAGCACAAAAUAUGAAGAAGAAAUGGAAGGUUUGGGAGUCACAAUGUUCUCAACUUCCAGAUUAGGAUUCUGGGAGAGAGUGAUGUUCGAGAAAUCAAUCACUCACAUGUGCGACGAUCUAAUGGCAAAGAGAGAAGAAUUGGAACCACUUCGUGCAAUGAAAUUCGACGUAGCAUUCAGUGAACAGAUUGAUUUGUGUGGAGUUGGAGUUAUUCGAUACCUUGGAAUUCAGAACCAUCUAUGGAUUUCAACUACUCCAAUCAUGGAUGCUGUCAGUUAUAACUUGGGAAUUCCAUCUCCAAGUUCAUAUGUACCUACAAUUGAAGAAAAUGAUAAUGGAGAUAAGAUGGAUUUCUGGCAGAGAACUUUCAAUCUUUACAUGCAUUUUGGAUCUAUUGCAGUUCACAGAUACGGAACUGAUGGAACCACGGAAGUAUUCCGAAAAUACGAUCCAGAUUUCCCAAAUGUAAGAGAUAUCGCUGCCAACUCUUCUUUGUGUUUCGUCAAUUCUGAUGAAGUUCUGGAUCUUCCAAGACCGACAAUAACGAAAACCAUAUACAUCGGAGGACUAGGAGUUCCGACAGUAGCAAAGCCGUUAGAUGAGAAAUUUUCGAAGAUAAUGUCGAAAGGAAAGAAAGGUGUUGUUGUGAUCUCUCUUGGAUCAAUCGUUCCAUUUGGAGAUCUUCCACUCCCAUCGAAAAAAGGAGCAUUGAAAGCAAUGAAAGAGAUGACUGACUAUCAUUUCCUUAUUAAAAUUGCAAAGGACGAUGAGAACACGAGAACCUUGACAAAAGACAUGAAUAACAUUGAUUUGGUUGAAUGGCUUCCACAGGUUGAUCUUCUUGCCCAUCCUCGUUUAAAGCUGUUUGUGAUGCAUGGAGGAAUCAAUGGAUUGGUGGAAACAGCUCUUCAAGCAGUUCCAACUGUUAUUGUACCAAUUUUCGCUGAUCAGUUCCGAAACGGAAGAAUGGUUGAAAAAAGAGGAAUCGGAAAAGUUCUCCUGAAGCUUGAGAUUGGUUAUGAAAGUUUCAAAAACGCGGUUCAAACUGUUCUGAAUACUCCAAGCUACAAAGAAAAUGCGAUUCGAAUUGCUCGAAUGAUGAGAGACAAACCAUUUACCCCAGAAGAACGUCUUGUCAAAUGGACGACAUUUGCAAUUGAUCAUGGAGUUUUGGAAGAGCUCCACGUGGAAGGUUCCAGACUAAAUACAAUUGUCUACUACAAUUUAGAUGUUUUUGCUUUCCUACUGUUUGUUACUGUUGUCAUAUUUCAUGUUUUCCUAUACGCUUUUAAGUUUUUGUGUUUUAGGAAGAGAUCACCUGUGAAAAGUUCUAAAAAGAACGAUUAG